AUGUCUUACGGCGGCAACGACAACCAGUCCAACUACGGCAACGAGGACAGCUACGGCUCCUCUCGCCGCGACAACGACAACUCAUACGGCUCGUCCCGCAACGAGGACGGCUACGGCAGCAGCCGUCGUGACAACAACGACGACUCUUACGGCAGCAACCGCCGCAGCAACAACAAUGACGAGGACUCAUACGGCUCGUCUCGUAACGAGGACAAGUCCUACGGUUCAUCCCGCACCAACGAGAGCUCCUACGGCUCCUCCCGUAAUGAAGACAGCUAUGGCAGCAGCCGCCGUGACAACGACGACUCGUACGGCAGCAACCGCCGCGGCAACAACAAUGACGAGGACUCCUACGGCACCUCCCGCACCACCGAGUACGGCUCCUCUGGCAACAACGAGAGCUCAUACGACUCCAAGCCCAAGAAGCACUCCGCCUUUGGCGACUCGACCUCGUCCAACCUCGCCGGCGCCGACUCCCUCUCCUACAACGCGUCGGAGAACAACGGCCGCACCUACGACAACGACUCGUCCUCCUACGGCAACACCGAGUCCUACGGCGCCGGACGUCGCAACAACGACACCAGCACCAGCACCAGCACCAGCAACGAGAACUCGUACGGCUCCACCGGCCGCAACAACGACUCCUACGGCUCGUCCAGUCGCGUCGGCGGCACCGACUCGUACGGUUCCAGCCGCAACGACAACGACAGCUACGGCUCGUCCCGUCGCAACAACGACGAUGACGACGACUCGUACGGCAGCGGAAAGAAGGGCGACAGCACGCUCGGAAAGGUCCUUGAAAAGGCGGGCAACGUGCUCCACAGCAACAAGCUCGAGCACAAGGGACAUGAGAAGCGGGAGGCCAAGGGAGCUUACGACCGCGAGGACUACUAG